AAAUAUUUCUAUAAAUGGUAAACUUGAGUACCUUGAAAUACCGACCAGUUCAUGCUAUUAAGAAGACCGCCGCGAAAUAGCGCGACCGCUGAAUUAUUGAUGUAGGUUUUUCUGUCUUGUUUUGAAAUCAUACCGGUUUUAGUUUCCUUGUUAGUAGAAAACAUUGAUUAACCCUUCACCUAUUGUUUACGAAAUUUAGAUGGGCGAUAUCACGACUGCAGUGAAUUUAAAAAAGAUUUGUUCUGAGUGGCAUACCGAAUCCAGCAGUGCUUUUAAUUCUAAAAGCAACAAAAGGACACUUUUAAAAAUUAAUCGGCCAAGCGCAUCUGUUACGGAAUUUGGAGAUUUGUUUACAUGAGACGUUUUUCUUGAUUAGCUCGCUAAUACAGGCAAUAUAAGGUCAAGCUGCUGUAAUGGAUAAAUAUUUUUAACGUCGAUUGGAAAAAUAUGGCAAAACACUCAGCCUUUAGUGAUAUCUAUCGAAUCCGUACUAUGUUUGUCCUGGAUAUGAAGAGCUACAUUCUCAACCAUGCCGAAUGCAACGAGAACAAGAAAGGGUUUAGUUAUACCUAAACGAAAGAAGAAGACAUUAUUGCGAUGACGGAGAACGGUCGAAGAAUUACUCUAAACGUGCAAGGAUGCCGUUACGAGACAUUCCAAGAAACAUUGGAAGAAUUUCCUGAGACUCUUCUCGGUUCACCAGAGAAACGGAAGAGAUUUUAUGAUCCACUGCGCGAUGAAUACUAUUUCGAAAGAGACAAAUGUGCCUUCGACGCAAUUUUAUUCUACUACCAAUCCAGAGGAAUCCUUUCGCGACCUCCAACGAUCCCAGCAAAUGCGUUCGACGAGGAGCUGAGAUUUUACGAGAUCGAAACAGCGAAACCUGCUGAGCGAGAAGAAAAAGUGAUUUAUAUGCCUGAGCGAGACUGGCAAAGAAAAUUGUGGGAAUUGUUGGAAUAUCCUGAAUCAUCAAAGCAGGCUGCGCUGUUCUCCAAACUAUCAAUGGCAGUUAUUAUACUCUCUGUAGUAGUGUUCUGUGUGGAGACCUUGUAUAGCAACAAUGCCACAGUGCGGGCGGUGAGAUCCUUGUCCAUCCACAAUAACACCAAAAAUGAGAGUAGUGUCAGCCAAGGGGAGGGCAGAAACCUGAAAAGACCACGAGUUUGGUUUGUGAUUGACACUUGUAUCAUAAUUUGGUUCAGUUCCGAGUACGCCGCCCGUCUGGUUUCUUCUCCAGAGAAAAUCAAAUUUAUUUUGUCCACGCUGGCGUUAAUUGAUCUGGCUGCCAUAAUUCCGUAUUUUCUUGCACUUUUGUUGGGUAACACGUAUGCGCCUGCAUUUUCGUUCACAGUUAUGCGGAUAUUUCGUCUGUUACGAGUGGUGCGACUGCUUAAACUCACGCGUUAUGUGGCCGCUCUUAGAAUUCUGGGGUAUACUGUCCGUUCUUGCCAAGAACAGCUUACCGCGUUAUUUUUCCUCAUAUCUAUCUCAGUGAUAUUGUUCUCCAGUACUAUUUUCUACAUCGAAAAUAAGGAAAAUUCUGAGGACUUCUGCAGCAUUCCUGCCUCGUUUUGGUGGACUAUCAUCACCAUGACGACAGUUGGAUACGGAGACGUGACACCUAUGACUCCUUUAGGAAAAAUAAUGGGCGCUUUGUGUGCAAUUUUUGGAGUCGUUGUCAUGGUAUGUCUUCCAAGCCCUGUCUUCAUUUCAAGUUUCAAUGAAAUCUACAUGCAGCACAUCGGGGAGAUGAAGAAAAAUCAGCAAAAGUCUUUAACUGGCGUUAAAAGACAUUUGAAAACUACUCUAAUCCCUUCAAAUGUAUUUCUGAUUAAAAAGUUCAUCAUCGGGAAGGAUGAUAAAACGUAACACGCAGAUGUGAUAGACAAUAGUUUAGGUCUGGAGGGGACCAGUCAUUAUUUAUUGCCUGU